AUGAACAAUCAAACGUACCCGGCUAACCAAGGUCAAUAUCCGCCACCUCAAGGUCAGUAUCCCCCACCUCAAGGUCAAUAUCCCCCACCUCAAGGUCAGUAUCCGCCACCUCAAGGUCAGUAUCCAUCACCUCAAGGUCAAUAUCCGCCACCUCAAGGCCAGUAUCAGCCAUCUCAAGGACAACAAGGUCGAUUCCCCCCGCCUCAGGGCCAAUAUCCGCCACCUCAAGGUCAGCAAGGUCAGUAUCCGCUACCUUAUGGACAGUAUCCUCCGCCUCAAGGCCAGUACCCGCCACCUCGAGGUCAAUAUCCACCACCUCAAGGUCAAUAUCCACCACCUCAAGGUCAUCAAGGCCCAUACCCUCCAAUUCACACUCAAACUGGUCCGUACCCACCGGUCCAAGGUCAAAACCCGCAAGCAGGAGGCCAAUCAAACGCUGUUGAAGAUCCUCAAAGCGGCGCUGCCUCUAGAGGUCUGAAUGAUCAAACUAAAGGCCAGCCAAGUCCAAGUAAUGCAGCUGCCCAAAGUGCUCUAGCAAACGUUGCAACAGCAGCGGUAGAGACCACAUCGCCGCAAGCCGCCGAAGCUGUAGAAUCGGCAGAACCACCGAAAAACGCCGGCACUCCUACAGAUAAAAACGAGUAUCAAAACGUGGAACAAAGGCCGGAACUUGACGAGCCAAAAGCAAUUGGUGGAAACGAUUCGGACUAUCGAAAAGGAAGCGGAGCUCGGUCUUCCACCCAGUCGAAGCCUAAAAAGCGGAAGUCGUCCAAAGCAAACCCCCUUGAGGCGAACACACUAGCAGGAGAAACAAAAGAACCCUAA